GUGACAAUGCCAUGUUCCAUGGGAUACCGUAUACUCAAAAGGCCGCGAUGUUCUUCUGCCUUUGGACCGACAAAUAGAUCCCCUUCUAAUGCACCCGCCAUCACACGAACAUGUUUUGGGCGACCCACACUAAAAUAAUGCGUGAAAAUGAGUUAAUCUACGAUUAAAGCCAACGUCAUUGUACUUACUAAUUUGGAAAACGGCACUUGGGAAUGUGCUCUCCAGCAAAGCCAGCUUUGAUCAUGCCAGAGCCCUAAAAAAUUAUAAAAAAAAAUUUAUACAAUUUUAAUUGAAUGUAGUUAUCAAAAUAUUUUAUUUUGCUUAUUUUUCAAAAAUUGUCGAAGAAGUUUAGAUAAAAUAUGAAAUUUAUUUCCACGCCUGAAGUUGAUAUGCUCCUGGUCUCCAGAAGUUCUCGGAACCAACGUCAAUCUCUAAAAGGAUUUGUGCCGCGCAUUGGUUUGUCUGUAGUAGACUACGGCCGUGUUGAAGAAAUCGAUUCAUUCUAUAUGGAUUGCCAAAAUUUUCGUGAUUAUUAUAGAGACCCUUACAAUAAACUACAUCGGCCCCCCGUCUUCCAGCAGUAUAACGGUAAGUGCGGUCGACGCGCAAGAGAUAAAUGCAGCGAAUUAUUACUUUUACCAACGCAAUGGGUCCGUGAAGCACAGCCAGUCCUCUACCCCGUCGAUUACGGACGCCAGUUGCACUUGAACGAUGGCAUUAAGCUGAGUGGUUUUUAUGACUACACCUCGUGCAUCAAGUACAAACGCUAAAAGGACAAUAUUUGAUAUGUGGCAUAUAUUGAGCAUUUCCAAUAAACACAUUUAAAGAAAUUA